GCGGUUUGGAAAUGAAACGUCGUUCAUCUCUCUGGAGGUUUUACGUGUUACGCAAGUAGUUGAGCAAUCAAACGCUGUGCGCGAGGCAGCUGGAGGAACACGAGCAAAGACGGAGUCCAUGUUAACGUCCUGAAGAUGAUCGUUUGCCUCUGACGGCACGUCCUGGAGACGUUUGCCUCGUCUCAUGCUACAGCGCUUAGCUUGACACGCUUUUUCAACCGAGUUCGUUCUCUCUGGUUGGUCAGAAGGUGUUGAUUCAUUUCCCAGACCAGCAGCUCUGAUAGUAGCGCAGCUGCACAUCGCAGGUCAGAUUUUGUGGCGUUAUCAUGGCUGAGAACGGAAAGCACGGUGAGAUGGACACGGAAACACCUCCAGCGUCACAGGAAACGCAGAGUGUGAUGUCUCGCGUGAGUAACCUGGCCCUGGUGAGCUCAGCGUGUGACGCCGUGUCCAGCGCGUACAGCAGCACGAAGGAAAGCGUCCCCGUGCUCAGAGGAGUGAUGGACGCGGCCGAGAGCGGAGUUCGGACCCUGAGCACCGCUGCCAGCUCGGGAACAAAACCUAUACUGAACAAACUCGAGCCACAAAUUGCCAUGGUGAACGAGUACGCCAUGAAAGGGCUGGACAAGAUGGAGGAGAAUCUUCCUGUCUUACACCAGCCGGCGGAUAAGCUGGUGUCUGAGACGGUGGGAAAGGUGUAUCAGUGUGUGUCAGGAGCGAAGGACGCGGUGGUGGGGGCGAUGAUGGGGGGAGUGGAGAUGACCCGCACGGCCCUCAGCGGGGGUAUUAAUACCGUCAUGGGGUCCCGCGUGGGGCAGAUGGUCAGCAGCGGAAUGGGUUUGUCUCUGAACCAAUCGGAGGACCGUGUGGAGCAAAAACUCCCGCUCACUGAGACCGAACUGGCCGCUGUAGCGGAGCCUCCGCCGAAGGACGAGGUCGAGGUCCAAACCUCGCUGAGCAGCGAAGGCGUGGCUUCCCAAAGCUCCGCCCCCAGCUACUUCGUGCGCCUGGGGAAACUCACAGCCCAGGUUCAAGAGCGAGCGCUGGAGCUGUCCCUCAUUAAAGCCAGCGCCGCCCGGGACGCCACUCACAAAGCCGUGUCCCAGAUCACCAGCACCCUGGACCUGCUGGAGAACCUGAGAGGAGCCAACGCGCUGGUGGGAGCGCCCGAGCAGCUCCUCAAGAGGUGGAGGGAGUGGAGACAGGAGGGGCAGGAAGAACACGGGCAGGGGCACGGGGAAGAAAGCACAGAGGAGGACGGCGGUGAGGACGGCAAAGAGAACGGAGAGCAGCUGGAAUGGCGAGCUCUGUCCAUGGUGCGCUCUCUGAGUGCGCAGCUGCGUGUGGCGUGUUCAGGCGUCGUCUCCAGUGUUCAGGGUCUCCCCAGCGCCGUACAGGAGCAGCUGCUGAACGCACGGCACUCGGCCGAAGAGCUGCACUCGUCCCUCGGCAAGACCAGGACGGUCACACCGCUGCUGCUCCAACAGAGCCGAAACCAGCUCACACAGGUGAGACAGUCACUGGACGGAGUGAUGGACUAUCUCCUGAACAACACGCCUCUGAACUGGCUAGUCGGGCCUUUUUCACCUCAGCUGGUGGAGAAACGUCCGAGCGCAGAGUAGCUUUCAGAAUCAACAAGUCUAAUUGACGUGUGCCUUAAAUAUCUGUACGUAAACUCUUUUACCUGCACUGUGAGCACGGGAUAAUCAAUAUAACAUUACUCAUUAAUAUUAAUUUACUCUCCUUCAGCAGUAAGCUCCAUCUGUGAAAAGCAGUGUUAUACAGGAAUUAUAGUCAUUAUUAUAACUGUAAAGCUUGCAUUUCAUGUGUGAGGUGGAGAAAAUGUACUGCAUCUUAAUAAAACAGUGAUCUCGAGACACGUGCAUUUACCUGGAAAUGUUACCUGAGAUCAGACUGCAUUCCUGAAGUGCUUACAGAUAUGUCAAACCGGAUGUUAAUCCCCCCCCUCUUUUUUCCCUCUGAUAAAUAAAGCCGUGACGUCAUUUUGUUGUUUCAUAAUGAUAUUAAUAAUAAUAAUAAUAAUGACGUUGAUUUAUAUAACACUUUAUUGUCAUGCACAGAAUGCGUUACAGAUAUAAAACGCAAACUAUUACAAGAGACAGAGUAAAGCAUGUCAAAUAUUCAGUGUCCGGUGAAAGGAAGUGUGCUUGGAGGUAAGUGAGUUACUCAUUGUUUAUCAUUUAAAUAAUAAAGAAAAGACUUAAAAGCGAGAAAAGACAUUAAAGGUGAUGAAUCGGUAAAGAAAACAUUAAGGAUGAGGAAGGAGAAAAUAUUAUGUAACAAUAAGGUUAAAGUCGACUAAAAACCUCAGGAAAAUGUCAAAUAAACGAAGAAUAAAAAAAAAAA